AUGAUUUCACUGAACGAUACCUUGGAAGCUGGCCCGAAUCUUCUUCCUGAAUCUAUUGGUUGUCUACUAAGAUUUCGAUUGCAUGAAUUCGCUGUUACAUGUGAUGGUAAGCAAGCUUUUUUACAGUUGUCACUACAUAAAGAAGAUAGGGACGUCACAAAAUUUUUCUGGUACAAAUUAAAAUCUGAUUCAUCUCAACCUACUACUUUUACAGAUGAAAUAACUGUUUACAGAUUUACUCGUUUACCAUUUGGGCCUUACUUGCAGUCCGUUUUUUACUCUGUGCUGCGACACGAGAAUUGGCUGCAAAACAUAUCGCAGAAUUUCCAAUUGCUGCACCAAUGA